AUGACUGCUCCUCAAUCAUCACGACAGGGCUGUAGGGACACCUUCAGAUCACCAUGAGGGAGUGUCUCUCCAUUCACAUUGGUCAAGCUGGUGUCCAGAUCGGGGAUGCUUGCUGGGAACUGUAUUGCCUGGAACAUGGAAUCCAGCCAGAUGGCUUUCUUCUGGACAGUCAACACGAUCAUUUGGAAAACGCUAGGACGGAACAUAGGAGCGCAUCUUUAGAUACUUUCUUUGAUGAGACAAGAGCCGGGAAGCAUGUGCCCAGAGCACUUUUCAUGGACCUUGAACCAACUGUGAUAGAUGAUAUCCGUGUGGGAAAGUACCACUCACUCUUCCACCCGGAACAGCUUGUGAAUGGAAAAGAAGAUGCAGCGAACAACUACGCACGAGGUCGCUACUCCGUGGGCUCAGAUGUCAUCGAGCUUGUGUUAGAAAGGAUCCGGAAGCUGGCAAAACAAUGCAGUGGACUUCAGGCAAUUUCGAUUUACCGAAGCUUUGGAGGAGGCACAGGGUCGGGAUUUACAUCUCUCUUGAUGGAGCAACUCUCGGCAGAGUAUUACAGGAAGACAAAAUUGGAGUUCUCUGUCUACCCAUCUCCUAGACUCUCCACCGCUGUAGUAGAACCCUACAACGCCGUCCUCACCACUCAUUCUACCAUAGAACACUCAGACUGCACAUUCUUGGUGGACAACGAGGCUCUCUAUGACAUCUGCCGUCACAAACUUGGUGUUGAACGUCCUUCCUAUGCUAGUAUCAAUAGGUUGAUAGCUCAGGUGUUAUCUUCCAUUACCGCUUCACUCCGCUUUGAAGGGCCUCUGAAUGUGGACUUAAUCGAAUUCCAGACCAACCUGGUACCUUAUCCCAGAAUACAUUUCCCCAUCCCAUCCUUUGCCCCCAUCAUCUCUGCUGACAAAGCCUACCAUGAGCAGCUCUCUGUGCCUGACAUCACUGCUGCUUGCUUUGAGUUCUCCAACCAGUUCGUCAAGUGUGAUCCUCGGCUUGGGAAGUACAUGGCUUGCUGCCUACUAUACAGAGGAGAUGUGGUCCCUAAGGAUGUGAAUGCAGCAACUAUAGCCAUGAAGUCAAGGACCUCUGUUCAGUUUGUUGAUUGGUGUCCAACUGGUUUCAAGGUGGGCAUCAAUCAGCAGCCGCCUACGGCAAUGCCAGGAGGGGAUUUAGCCAGGGUUCAGCGAGCUGUGUGUAUGUUGAGCAAUACCACAGCGAUUGUGGAAACCUGGGCCCGCCUGGACCACAAAUUUGACCUCAUGUAUGCCAAGAAGGCAUUUCUGCACUGGUACAUCAUGGAAGGCAUGGACCAAGGGGAGUUUAUAGAGGCCAGGGAAGACCUGGCUGCUCUGGAGAAAGAUUAUGAGGAAGUGGGACUGAGUUUUUGA